CACACGCAUUAGCAUACAGGUGACAGUUGACCAAUCAGAGCAUCAGGGAGAAGUUGGAGUGUGGGGACUUAUUAAAAGUUCCCAAUACUUCAGGAAAAGCUGCAUUUUGAAAUAGUUUUGCUUUGAUUACCACGACAAACAAUGAGCCAAUUGUUCAUGUGCAGUGCUUGCCAUCUCCUCAUUAGACAUGAUUCUAUACGGAUUAUGAUCAUUAUAAAAAAGCUUUUGUUUUCAAUGUUUUAUUUCAUUAAGUACUAGAUUAAAGCUUUCUAUAGAUAUAUUUAUGUCUGUGAGGCAUGUUUUCACUGAGUUUCGGUUCAUUUUUGUAAAGCACUCCUUUUCAAAACCAGACGGCAGAAAGCGCUUCAUGUUUGUUUUCUUUAUUUUAUAAAAGCACAACAUUGUGUUGAUAUUGCAAGUUAGCAAAAAUAAAAGUAGUUACAGUUACAAAUAAAUUACUCUUAAGUAAUUUCAAAGCCUGUGAAGCGCACAUAGCUUCCACUCUCUGCACAAACUAUUGAAUAUAGCGUACAUUUAUCUAGGUUUAACGUUUAAACAAUGUUAUAUGCUUGAACUGUUUUAGUAUAUCUAUAGAUUUUAUUUUAGGCAAGUCGUGAUGAUUUGAGAAGGAUAAAUUGGGACGGGCUCAGGCCUAAAUUUGAGGCCUGUGUAAGGCUCUACACCAAACCAAUUGUGGAGUUGAUCAAACAUUGAAUAGUUCUCACUACAGAAACAUGGGUUUGUGUCCAUUUUUAAUGUAGAUCAUUGUACCUCAUUUCAUAAAAAUGGUCAUAAUUUUGCAUAGUCUGCUUUCACUCACAUUUCUCUGAUUUAUAUUUUAUUUAUUUAUAUUGUAAUGCUUUUACUUUCAUUUCAGAUCUGAUGGAGGAGAGUGAAGAGCAGAAAAAUCAUCACGGCAAAACCAGCGAAAACACUCGCUCACAGACCGAAAGAGUUUCUUUACUGAGAAGAAGAAACAAGAAAAGUUUGACCUGCACUCAGUGUGGAAAGAGUUUGUCAAACAACUUUACUCUCAGUGUUCACAUGAGGAUCCACACUGAAGAGAAACCGUUCACAUGUGAUCAGUGCGAGAAGAGCUUCACAGAUUUAGGAAGUCUGAGGAAUCACGAGAACAUCCACACCAGAGAGAAACUGCAUGAAUGUGAUCAAUGUGGAAAAACAUUUGUAAGAGCUUCACACCUGAAGAAUCACCUGAAAGUUCAUUCAGAAGAGAAACCACAUUCAUGUUCUUUAUGUGGAAAGAGCUUUUCAGAACUGGGCAAUUUAAAACUUCAUCAGAAGAGACACACUGGUGUGAGAGAUCAUAUGUGCUUCGAGUGUGAGAAGACUUUUAUUACAGCAACACAUUUGAAACACCAGAGGAUCCACACUGUUUCACUCAAACAUCUACUACACAAACACACUAAACACAUUCAGAGUAGAUCAUCUUCAGAUCCAGCACAAGUUAACAACUUUAUUAAUCUCACAAGUGACAGUUAGCAUAGUAGCAUCAUAUAACAAACACAAUAUAUCACAUAGAAAUACAGAAAACAAAUAAGUAAAAACACAACCCAACAUGCUUCAGAAAUAAAUUUGUUAAAAAAAUGUAUUCUUGUCUUUUCUGAGGUAAAAUAUUGUGACUAUUCAUAAGCCGUUUGAUUGCUGCUAUAAAUGCUUAGUUAGAAGAAAUAUAAGUU